CCGAGUAGUGCCACGUCGGCAGUCCUCCGGCCUGGUCUAUGCUCACGCGCUUACAAACAGCCAGCAUGGAUCAGAAGUCCGGGGAAACGGUCGAGGCCUAUCAGGCCCAGAUGCUGGCUUUGAUUAUCGAAACCAAGAAACGGGCUGAUGAAGUAGCAGCCGCAAAGAAGAAGAAGGCAGAGGAUGCCGAGAAGGCACGUCUGUUGGCAAUCGAACAGGAGCGCCAGCAAGACGAGGCAGCUGCGAACGCUGCCGAUGAAGAACGAAAUCAACGACUCGGGAAGAUAUUCAACGGAGAGCGAGCUUUGCUCACAAUGGCAGCGGACUGGCGAGCCGAGGCCGAUAAUGGUAAGACGGAAGAGAGUGAAAGCAAGAUCGCUCUACUCCUCUCCCAUUUUACGGAUCUCCUGGCAACGUGCAUUGCACAGCAGGAGGACAUCCACAGCCUCAACGACGUGGUUCAGACGCACAAUCAGGCGUUUGACCAAGUCAACAGCCGCCUCCAGCAGCUGGAGCAACGACCCGUCACCGCCCCCGAUGCCAGCUCCUCCAACACCUUUGAUCGCCUCAAUGCAUUGGAGAUCGACGUCGGAACCCUCAAGGACGACAUGCAUCUACAGCAAACCACCACACAACAACUGGAGCAGCGGAACUGUUCUGCCGCCGCCAACCCGAGCUCGGCACCACGUGAGACAACUCCGAAGUUCGAUGGUCAGGAGAUCUUCUGCGAUUCGACGAAGACGGACCCGAUCCCGUGGUUCGGCGAGUUUGAGCUCAAGUUGCAGCUACACCACGUCAGCAAGGACAAGAAACACGCGUACUUGUACUCCUGGUGGGGGGGCACGUGUCAGGCAUGGUUGGACAAUCUCUUGUCCAAGUACGGGGUGGUAGCUGCCGACUUAUACACCUAGAUCACCUGGGAUGAUCUGAAGGCGGUGUGGCAUAAGCGGUUCCAAGUAGAGUCGCCUGAGAUAAAGGCAAUGGACAAAU